ACUACACCUCCCGGCAAGCCGAGGGAGGCGGCUCCGGCCUCCGCCAGCCCAGAGAAGGGCUCCCACAGCGCAGCGGCGGGCUGAAGGGCUCCUCAAGCACGGCCAGAAUGGGCACCUAGACGAGGCCGGGGAGGCACCGAGAGCGAGUGAGGGCUGCGAGGGCUGCCAGGUCCGCCAGCACGCUGUCACCUCUCAGUUUGAGAACCAUGAACUGAAGCUUUCUGGAACAAUGUCAAAAGUCAUUCAUUUGGGGGGAACUCAUUCUCUACAAGCAAACUACAAAGCCUUUGCGUGAAGACAGAGGAUAUCUGGAAUUUGAUUGUAUUUCUCACACUAGUGAGGAUUACAAACAGGGUCUCCCUCUGUCACUCAAGCUGGAGUGCGGUGGUGCUAUCUCAGCUCACUGCAGUGUCUGCCUGCAGGGCCCAGGCGAUCCUCCCACCUCAGCCUCCUGAGUAGCUGGGACUACAAGCAUGUGCCUCCAUGCCCAGCUAUUUGAUUUUGUGUGUGUGUGUGUAGAGACAGCGUUUCACUAUAUUGCCCAGGCUGGCCUCGAACUCCUGAGCUCAAGAGAUUCUCCUGCCUGGAAAUAACCUCUUUUAUACUUAAGGCAAAGCUGAAAGCAAGAGUUCCUAGCCCAAGAUGGCUAGCAGAAAGGAAGCAGCAGCUGUGCAGUUGGGGCGGGGCCCAAUUCCUUCCCUGGCCGCCAGGGGCAGUCUACCCACAGCUGACUCUGCUCACCUCAAGCGCGCCAGGUGACGCAGGCGCUACGUCUCUGGUUGGGAUGUCCUGAAAGUGAGUCGUCACAUCCUCCUCAGGACUCUAUGGUUCCCGCUAGGGACGAGGGGCAACGUAUAUAAAUGCGCGCAGGCGUAGUUCAGGGAGCGCACUUUGACUUCGAUGCGCCGCCGAGGUUCCUGUGUCGCCAUGGGCCGCCGUCCAGCUCGCUGUUACCGGUAUUGUAAGAACAAGCCGUACCCAAAAUCUCCUUUCUGCCGAGGGGUUCCUGAUGCCAAGAUCCGCAUCUUUGACCUGGGUAGAAAGAAGGCAAAAGUGGAUGAGUUCCCACUCUGUGGCCACAUGGUGUCUGAUGAAUAUGAGCAGCUGUCUUCUGAAGCCCUGGAGGCCGCCCGUAUUUGUGCCAACAAAUACAUGGUGAAAAGUUGUGGCAGAGAUGGCUUUCACAUGCGAGUGCGGCUCCAUCCCUUCCAUGUCAUCCGCAUCAACAAGAUGUUGUCCUGUGCUGGGGCUGACAGGCUCCAGACAGGUAUGCGAGGUGCCUUUGGAAAACCCCAGGGUACUGUGGCCCGGGUCCACAUUGGUCAAGUCAUCAUGUCCAUCCGCACCAAGCUUCAGAACAAGGAGCAUGUGAUUGAAGCCUUGCGCAGGGCCAAGUUCAAGUUCCCUGGACGCCAGAAGAUUCAUAUUUCCAAGAAGUGGGGCUUCACGAAGUUUAAUGCUGACGAAUUUGAAGACAUGGUGGCCAAGAAGCGCCUCAUCCCUGAUGGUUGUGGAGUCAAGUACGUUCCCAGUCAUGGCCCCUUGGACAAGUGGCGGGUUCUGCACUCAUGAAGGCUUUGGCAGUACUGUCUCCUUGGGCCAUGCUGGUCUGACUUAUGCUUACUAAUAAAUUCUGUUUACUGGCAAAAAAUAA